AUGGGCGACACUCCAGGACACGAUCUGGCUCAUUAUCAGGAUUUCUCUCGGGUGACUCGUCAGACGAUUCGUAUGAUACACCAGGAUCACGACGUGCAAUGUCAGUUUGCUCAGAGGGAGGAGAACGACUUGCGGAGGAAAUUAAGACGAUCCGACCAAGCGAAACGGUAUGCUUGUGCGUAUCUUGGAUGUGGAGAGUACUUUACCAAGUGGUCUUUGCUCCAGAAGCAUACUAAGAUCAACCACAAGAUGACUCAAUGUGAUGCCUGCGGCAAGGCGGUCCUGAAGAGGAACCUGAGUGCCCAUACCAAGAUCCAUGAUGCCUCUCGACCAGAAGUCCCCUGCACAGCUGAAGGAUGUCAGAAAGUCUUCUCCACUGAGCGGUCGUUGGCGACACAUAUGAAAGCUUCUCAUCCGUCAGGACUACCCCAAUUCACAUGCGAGUACGACGGCUGUGGCCAGGCCUUCUCCUUCAAACACGUUCUGGAACGACACAUCCGCAAUCGCCACACAAACCCAAAGACGAAACGCAAAAAAAGGAGCGAUGCACUCGAGUUUGAUGUCAUUGACGCCUUGGCUGGCUUUGAUGACGAGGACGCGAUAACAAAGAUGCCCUUUGCGUGUCAAGUCCCUGGUUCUGGUUGCAAUCGACGGUUUACGACAGAGGCGUUGUUGAAGAGACACUUGAAGAGCCGAGCCCACUUGACGGGUGAGGUGACAGGACUUGAGGUGUUGCGGGCAAUGGAGCAAGAUGAGAACCGGACCAUUCAAGAUAUAAUUGCCCUACACCUCGACGCAGGCAACAGCAGUCGCGACAGCCCCAACCAUGGCGUGUAG